GCAACAGCAACAGCAACAACAAUAACGGGCAUUAGCCCUUGAAAAAGACUAAAAUAAAUACCAAAAAUCUAAUUAUAGUGUUUUUAUUUCAAAUUGCAAUAGCCCCACUGAUAUGGCAACACUGUCCAUAGUAAGCUGCUGCUCGCCAUUCAAAUCAGUAUCAAAUUCAAAAUGAAAACAAUUAUUAUGCGAAAAUGCAUCCAAAGUGGCAGAUUUUGAGAAGGCAACUUAAAUUAUCUCAUUUAUAUCAAUUUCCUUUUGUACUCACGUACACGUACACGACUGCUUAUCGAUAUAUCUACACAUGUAUGUGAUCACCAUCGCCAUUCCAACAAGAACUACAUCCUUCUGGCAACGCUGCGACGCUUGUAGUUCUGAAAUUGCAGCUGGCAACACUGUCUGCUACAGCUUUUGCGCAAGCGUUUCGCACUUUAUUGAGAUGGAUUCCGACCCACAGCACAAAUAUCGCAAAAAUCAAGUAAAUGGCACCCUUUAUGUGACCACCUGCCUGUAUUUGGAUCCCCGCAGGGUUGCCGAGCUGGAAACAGGCGCUGAUGAGUUGUUUCUAACUCACAUUCACAAGCGCACCACGGCGGACCACAUCAUGCAGGUGGCAGUUGAGCUGGGCCCUGUGUACACGCUGCGCUUCAAGGUGGACUUCUCGGGCUGCAGUCGUGGCUAUGCCUACCUACAGUACGUCGAUAAAAUGCACAAAUCGGUGCUAAUGCAAAUGCUGCAGCGUUGCUUUCGGCGCGAGAAAUUGAGAAUUCAUGUGCGCGAGUCACGCAAUCGCAGAGAUCUCCUCCUCAGCAACGUCCACCACCUGACACCGCUGCAGGUGCAUCAGGAGCUGCGCCUGGUCAGCCACUAUGUGAAGCUCUGCGUGUACGAGUAUGAGCCCAAGCGCUACAUCUAUGUCGUAAAGUAUCGGAACAAUGACGAGGCGGCCAUGGCGCAUCACAAGCUGCGCAACAAAGUGGGAUGCUUCGGCCUAGAUGCGUGUAUCGAUUGGCUGGACAAGGGUCAGGUGCUGAAGGACCUGAACGUGCAGCAGAGCUGCUGUGUCCAGCUGUCACGCGACUCCGACCACCUCCAAGCCAGUGCCAACAGCUGCCGUUGCUUCCGUAUUUAAGUGCAAUCCUUAUAUUUGAUAUAUGCAAAUGAGAGAAAAACCAACUUUAAUUAUACGUUUCCUGCUUUUGUGAUUAUAA